ACCAUCAUAGUGCUUGCCCUUGCAUGGUUUCUUCUGGCCCGGCACUUACUAAAAUAGAGAGUAAGGUCUAGUCGCCAAUCGCCAUAGUAAAACAGACUUGAAUCAAACUGUUCACUUUGUUUCUCUCAUUCUCCCAAUCGAAAUAAUGGCAACCAAAGAAGAAGUAGUAGAAGUAGAAGAGCAAAAAGCGCUAGCGAAGACAACGACAACAAUGGAGAUGUUAAUAGGAUCAAAUGAUGAAGAUGAUGAACAUGAUUCUUGUGAAUUAGUUCUUAAAAGAUAUUUUCUACAAGAAUGGAAACUCGUUAAAUCUCUUCUUGAUGAUAUUAUUGCUAAUGGUCGUGUAGUUGAUCCUUCUGCUGUUAACAAGAUUCGAUCCAUUUUGGAUAAGUAUCAACAGGAGGGUCAGCUUAUCGAGCCUUACCUAGAGAUCAUUAUAUCUCCGUUGAUGUUUAUAGUUCGAUCUAAAACAGCUGAACUUGGAGUGACAUCUGAUGAAAUUGUUGAAGUAAUCAAGCCUUUGUGCAUUAUUAUUUAUACCCUGGUUACAGUCUGUGGAUACAAGGCAGUUACAAAGUUUUUCCCACAUCAAGUCUCUGAUUUAGAGCUUGCUGUUUCUCUUUUGGAGAAGUGUCAUCACACAACUGGUGCCACAUCACUUCGACAAGAAAGUACAGGAGAGAUGGAGGCAAAAUGUGUCAUACUUCUAUGGCUUUCUAUACUUGUGUUGGUUCCUUUUGAUAUCUCUUCUGUGGAUACUAGUAUCACAAAUACGGAUAAUUUAAGUGGACUUGAGCCGGCCCCUCUGGUCCUUCGGAUAUUGUCUUUCUCCAAGGAUUAUCUCUCAAGUGCAGGUCCCAUGCGCGGAAUAGCUGGCUUGUUGCUCUCAAGGCUUCUAACACGUCCAGACAUGCCAAAUGUCUUCACCAGCUUCAUUGAAUGGACACAUGAAGUCCUGUCUUCCGUCACAGACGAUGUUACUGAUCGAUUUCGACUACUUGGAGUUGUGGAAGCACUAGCAGCCAUAUUUAAGGCUGCAAAUAGGAAGGGUUUAGUUGAUGUAGUGCCAAUUGUUUGGAGUGAUACUUCAGCCUUGAUGAAGUCCAGCACCGCCACUAGGAGUUCUUUGCUUCGGAAGUUGUUGGUGAAAUUGACACAACGUAUUGGGCUUUCUUGCCUGCCCCAACGUUCUCCAUCAUGGCGUUAUAUGGUGAGCAACACCUCUUUGGGAAAGCAAGCUUCCGUAAAAAACGACCAAUGCAAUCAAGGUCUAGAUGCAAACUUAUGUAAUUUGGAAUCAAGUGCAAGUUGUCUGCCUGAAGAAGAUAUGGAUGUUCCAGAAAUCUUAGAGGAUAUAAUUGAGCUGCUAUUAUCAGGGUUGAGAGACUCGGACACUGUUGUGCGAUGGUCUGCAGCAAAGGGUAUAGGACGAACAACUGCACGUCUAACGUCUGCGCUUGCUGAUGAAAUCCUAUCAUCUGUGCUAGAGUUAUUUUCACCAGGCGAGGGAGAUGGUUCAUGGCACGGAGGUUGCUUAGCAUUAGCAGAGCUGGCUCGGAGAGGUUUGCUUUUGCCUGUUAGUCUUCCUAAAGUUGUUCCUGUUAUUGUAAAGGCAUUACAUUAUGAUGUCCGAAGAGGUCCACAUAGCAUUGGAUCUCAUGUUCGAGAUGCUGCUGCAUACGUUUGUUGGGCCUUCGGUCGUGCAUACUAUCGUUCUGAUAUGAAAAGCAUUCUGGAACAGCUUGCCCCGCACCUUCUAACUGUUGCAUGCUAUGAUCGUGAGGUAAAUUGUAGACGAGCUGCCGCGGCUGCUUUUCAGGAAAAUGUCGGAAGACAAGGAAGUUUUCCACAUGGAAUUGACAUAGUGAGUACGGCGGAUUAUUUUUCACUAUCUUCACGUGUAAACUCGUAUCUUCUUGUUGGUGUAUCUAUUGCUCAGUAUAAGGAGUAUCUUCAUCCCUGCAUCGAAGAACUGUUGGACAGCAAAAUCUGUCAUUGGGAGAAAGGCUUGAGAGAACUGGCAUCAAAAGCCAUGUCCUCUCUUGUGAAAUAUGAACCUCAGUACUUUGCUGAUUUUGUUCUUGAGAAAUUGAUCUCUUGGACUCUGUCAUCUGAUUUGUGCAUGCGGCAUGGUGCAACUUUAGCUGCUGGGGAGCUUGUUUUGGCUCUAUACUCAUGUGAUCUUAUACUUUCCACUGAUAAGCAAAAAUCUGUUGCUGGUGUGGUUCCUGCUAUUGAGAAAGCACGCCUUUAUCGCGGGAAAGGGGGAGAAAUUAUGCGUGCUGCUGUUUCCCGGUUCAUUGAAUGCAUCUCUAUCGCCCACAUACGUUUACCAGAGAAGAUAAAGCAAGGGUUGCUUGAUACCCUAAACGAUAAUUUGUGACAUCCCAAUGCUCAAAUACAGAAUACUGCUGUUGCAGCCUUUAAGCACUUUGUUCCAGCGUAUUUUGUCAGCACUGAUGAUGGCAGUCCAAAGGAUAUAACAUUAAAAUAUCUGAAACUCUUAAAAGAUCCAAAUGUUGCUGCUAGACGAGGAUCAGCAUUGGCUAUGGGUGUUUUACCUUUUGAAUUUUUGGCUACAAAGUGGAGGGCGGUGAUAUUGGAGCUUUGUUUCUCUUGUGCAAUAGAGGAUAACCCUGAUGAUAGGGAUGCUGAGGCACGUGUUAAUGCCGUCAAAGGUCUUGUAUCAGUAUGUGAAACCUUAACCAAGGAAAGAAAAGUUUCCUUCUUCAAGUCUACCGAGGAGGACAGAUCUUUGUAUCUGCUGAUCAGUAAUGAAGUGAUGCAGACUUUAUUUAAGGCUCUCGAUGACUAUUCUGUAGAUAACAGAGGUGAUGUGGGUUCCUGGGUUCGUGAAGCAGCUAUGGAUGGGCUCGAAAGAUGCACCUACAUUCUUUGUGAGAAAGAAUCAAUUGGAUCCCCAAGAAAUACAGCUGAAGUUGAAUCUGUGUCAGAUACAGUUGAUCCUGAAGUGAAAAGUAAUGAACCAAAGGUCCCACUUUUCGGCGAAAGUCAUGCAACUUGUUUAGUUGGUUCCAUUGCAAAGCAAGCUGUAGAGAAGAUGGAUAAAUUAAGAGAAAUAGCCGCAAAGAUUUUGCAAAGAAUUUUGUACAAUAGCAACAUCUUUAUACCGUGUAUACCUUACAGGGAAAAGCUAGAAGAAGUUAUUCCUAAUCAAGGAGAUCUACAGUGGGCGGUGCCCACUUUUUCAUACCCACGCUUCCUACAGUUACUUCAGUUUAAUUGUUACAGCAAAUAUCUGCUCUCUGGUUUAGUUAUCUCCAUUGGUGGACUGCAAGAUUCUUUACGGAAAGCAUCAGUUGCAGCUUUGCUAGACUAUCUACAAGUUACAGAAACCGGAAAGAAUGAUAAGAAAAGCUCCAGAGAAUAUGAUCUUUGUAUUGAUCUCAUUUGGGUUCUUCAAAAAUUCAAGAGAUGUGACAGAGUUAUUAUACCCACCUUGAGGGUUAUCGAGAUUCUUUUCAGCAAAAUGCUUUUCUUGAAUAUGGAGGGCCACACGCGGGACUUUUGUGCAAGUGUUUUGGAUUCCCUGGUUGUCGAGUUAAAGAAUUCGAAGGACUUCUCCAAAUUAUACACAGGAAUAUCUAUUCUUGGAUAUAUCGCUUCCGUUUCGGAUCAGAUUAAUUAUCAGGCAUUCUCUCAGCUUCUUACCUUUCUUGGCCACCGUUACCCCAAGAUACGGAAGGCUUGUGCUGAUCAGGUUUAUCUGGUCCUCCUUCAAAAUGGAAAUGUUAUCGCAGAGGACAAAAUGGAGAGAGCACUUGAAAUUGUUUCAGAAAGCUGCUGGGAAGGUGAUAUACAGGAGACGAAGCAGCAAAAGUUACAAUUAUUUGAGAUUGCUGGAAUAGAAUUGGGGUCACAAUUACAGACUUCAAACAAAGAAUCAAAAAAGGACGGUGAAAGGAAAAGAUCACUAGCCGAUGAAAAUGCAUCAUACUCCUCAUUAGUUGAUUCAUCAGGCUUCUAAACCACAAAAUUUUGUAACCUGCUUUUUAAGUUUGUUAAUGAUCUUAGUUCCUGGGCCCUGGCAGUAAAAUAUCUGACCUUAAAAAUUUUGAUACUAGGAUUUACAUGAUUUUCAAUGUCCCAUUAAUGUAUUUAAUAUGUUGUCUCAGUAUUUCUUGUGGGUAUUAGUUGGAUGGGUCUGUUGUAAAAAUCCCUGCAAACUAUUCAACAUUCAGGAUUUGCAUAUCACCAAUGUACUCAAUUUGUUGUCGAGA